UUUCCGACGCCUACAUUUUCUCCUGUAUAUAACUCAUCCAUCUGCUGCUCAUAUCAUGACUGUCAGAGGAGCCUGACAGUUUAUUGGCAUUGACAUCAUAGCCUGAGCACAGUGAAUCGAUAACUUUGUAUGGCGGUCAGGUGCCAAGCGAAUCUGGGUCAUCCGCAUCUGUCUCUCUCCUAGGCUUCGAACAGUCAACGAGUACAACCACCUUUUCGCCCGCAGAAUUCAGACUCAUUUUCUUCACACUAUCACGCCCUAUCUUCGGACUUGUCUUGAAAUAAGUUACAGCGACAGUGACAGCUUCACGGUCUCAACAGCUGCCGUGAACGUUCCCCCACGUUCCCCGCCUUCAAGUAUCCCAGCCUUGAGCUGAUGAUCCUCUCUUGCUCAUAGGAAGGACUUACCAUGGCUGCUCUGGAUCUUGGCAAGUACAAGAAAUUUGUACAAUACUUCUACGAUCCGGAACCGACAAACGUGCUGCAAUCUCCAAUAUGGUGCUUGGGAAAAGAAUACCGUGCGCCAGACAGAUCAUCAGCUGCGAAAGACAUGCACUCUUCUGUUCCAAACGUCAAGUCUGCUCCCAUCGGAUCGAGUCGAGUACAACCUGUAACCCCACCCGACAGCACAGCUAGCAGUAUCGACUCGAAUCUAGCUUAUGAGGACUCGGAGAACGAGCAGGGCGGACGAUGGCCUUCGCCAUUCCUGGACGACUUCGAAGCAAGAAUAUGGCUCACAUACAGGUCAAACUUCCCGGCCAUUCCCAAAUCACAAGACCCGAAAGCGCAAGCCGCCAUGAGCCUUCCGGUACGAAUACGCAGCCAAUUCGACAAGCCAGCCGGGUUCACGUCUGACACUGGAUGGGGAUGUAUGAUUCGCUCUGGACAGAGCUUGCUUGCAAAUGCUCUUGUGAUGGUUCGCUUGGGGAGAGAUUGGAGACGUGGCUCAUCCACCGCCGAAGAGCGUAAGAUAAUCUCCUUGUUCGCAGAUUCGCCAAAUGCCCCGUAUUCGAUACACAAAUUUGUGGAACAUGGAGCGACUGCCUGUGGGAAGCAUCCUGGAGAGUGGUUUGGGCCAUCGGCCACAGCACGCUGUAUACAGGCCUUGACAAAUGAUCACGAGUCUUCAGAACUCCGAGUCUAUCUUACCGGCGAUGGGGUAGAGGUAUAUGAGGAUACGUUCAUGAAGAUCGCUAGACCUGACGGGGUGACUUUCAAGCCAACCCUCAUCUUAGUGGGAACACGAUUAGGGUUAGACAAAAUCACGCCCGUGUAUUGGGAAGCCUUGAAGGCUUCUUUACAGAUGCCUCAGUCUAUUGGUAUAGCAGGUGGUCAACCGUCAUCAUCUCACUAUUUCAUUGGCGUUCAAGGAUCCUUUUUCUUCUACCUAGACCCUCACCAAACUCGACCAGCACUGCCAUUACCAGCAAACAUUGAGGACUACAGCCAGGAAGAUUUAGAUUCCUGCCAUACCAGGAGGCUGAGACGGAUACAUGUGAAGGAAAUGGAUCCAAGUAUGCUGAUCGCCUUUCUGAUACGUGAUGAGAACGAUUGGAAAGACUGGCGGAGGGCUGUACAAGAGGUUCAGGGAAAAGCCGUCAUCCACGUUGCCGAUCGAGAGCCUGCUCUCAGUACAGAGCGGGAUGGAGCGAUUGAUGAAGUCGAGACCUUUGAUGAUGAUGACGACGAUGAUACCAUAUUAGAUGCUUAGGAUGGAUUUAGGUGCAAUGGGUGUUGGUUGCAUGUCUCAACUAGGCGUUGGGGUUGAAAAGGAUAUUGGUCUAGAAUCGCUGUACUCGCACAGGCUCUCAAGCGGACUUGUUUAAUGCAAAUUCCGACACAACCUCUACGAUAACUCCAGCAAUAAAAUCUAAUGUCCCAUAAUCGCCCGAUGUCCCCCAACUCCGCGCUAUGUGGAAAUCAACCCUAUUAACAACAUGUUCUGUCAUGCAAUAGUAGUCUCACCGCUUCCCCUUCUUUCCCUUGCUACCCUUUUGAAUAGCCUGGGGGACAGGCUGGGCAUGAUCGAAUUCUUUGAUGUGAUUGAAGAGCUUGGAUUUCGAAAGGAAAG